UGUUUACGAUAUUUUCAUUUUGUAAAAAUAGUUAUUUCCCUGCUUUAUUACCCUCAAAAAUGUGAUUUUUGAAGUUACUACCUUACAAAUUCCUUCCUUUCCAUAAACAUUGGUAUAACGUAUUAAUUAUAAUACUAAAAGUGAAAUAGCGACAAACUGUUCUAAAAUAAUUUGUGUUUUACAAGAUUGUUCGCCGAUUCAAAACCCCAUACGAUGGUGGAAAGUCAAAACAGUGAUAAGUUUGAGAUGCUGAACAUUCUGAAGGUCGUAUUAAUCAUCCUUAGCCUUCUUCUAGUGUAUAAUUACCACAAAUCACCGCCCAUUGUCGUGCGCAUUCAGCAUCCCAAAUUCACCCUACUUGGGCCUUACAAUACUACUGAAUAUGAAGUUGAUGAUGUUUAUGACCAGCUUAUUGAUAUAAAAAACUUCACGUUCAAAGUCAACCCACAACCCUGUACAGGGUACACAUACGGUCUACUUUUAGUAGUAAUUGUUGCAUCUAAACCGAAUAACUUUGACAAACGCACCAUUAUUAGAGAAACAUGGGGACGCUCAACAGAUUCUACUAAAGUCGUUUUCCUAUUGGGAGAUCCUGGUAACUUGACCCUGGCUAGGAAAAUAGAUAAUGAAAGCUUAACAUACGGAGAUAUUGUUCAGGGAAACUUCAUAGAUGCUUACCGUAAUAUGACGUACAAACACGUCAUGGGCUUGAAAUGGGUUGCCUAUCAUUGUCCAACGGCGAAGUACAUUCUGAAAACUGACGAUGACGUUCUGGUGAAUUCGCAUGAGUUGAGAAAGUUUCUGGGGAGAGAGCUGUCACCAUGGGGUGCCCAGGAUCUGAUCACUUGUUCCGUAUUGCGGCAUGCAAUAGUGCAACGAAGUUCUUCGUCGAAGUGGAUGGUUUCUGAGGCAGAGUACACUGGGAAGUAUUAUCCAACAUACUGUGCAGGUUGGGCAGUCUUGUACUCCCAAGACGUAAUCCCGAGACUCCUGACCGUAGCCCAGAACAUUCCAUACUUCUGGAUUGACGACGUCCACAUCACUGGAGUGGCAGCUGAGAAGAUAAUGGUAGAUCGUACACCGCUGCUCAGUCUUAUACUAUCCAGUAGAAGGGUGAAGCUGUUAACAUCAAUGGGACCGGAGUACGCUGGUCAAUUCCUAUUCGGCCCACCGGAUUUGAGUACCGAUAAAAUUACUGAGAUUUGGAAAGCCAUACCCGAGUGAGAUUAUAAGUUUAUUCAUUUGUUAUUUUUAAGUUUUAAGUUGUUGUUAGUUUUAUGUCUAUUGAUAACCCACUAUUGAUCUUUGAUCUUAAAAACGAUCUAAAUUAUCCAUAGGACAAUAAUCAGAAGUUAUAGUGACUAACUAUUGAUACUAUUAGCAUAGAAUAAGGAAUAAUACUACAUACAUCUAUACAAAACCUGCCAAAUAUCAAACCUUGGUUUGAUGGUGCUGGUUUGUCGAGGGGCACUUUAAUUUCGGCAUUUAGAGUUCGUUCUGGUCACAUGCCACUUAAUAAAUUUUACUUUUUAAUGAGGAAGAGGGACUCGCCCAAUUGUACACGCUGUGGGACUGUCGAGGAUCUUAUGCAUUUCUUGGUAGAGUGUGACCGGAACAAACAGAUUAGAAGGAAAUUAUUCCACCAAAAUCUACAUGGAGGAGAGAUUGUGUGCCUCUUGGCAGAUCCAGUGUCCGUAGCGGCAAGGCUUGUAUAUAAAUACUGUACUGUGUCUCUUAGGAAUAACAAUCCCUGAACAGCAUGGUGUAGUGCUGUAAUGGUAUUCUUUUGUAGAUUGAUGAUUUGAUCAUCAUUAAACGCUCUAAACUAUGAGGCUGGCAUAACCACCAAGAGUGGCUCAAGCCUCGACAAAAAUUAGAUUUUAAAAAAAAAAAAAAUACAUAAUAGAACGGUAACUCUCCGCUCCCCACCAGCGGCUGAGCUAGGUUUACCUCACCCCCCCUCGCACAUAGUUUGGUCUUCAUUUUAAACUAUGUAUGUGCUAUGUAUGGUGUCAGACGUCACACACACAUUUGCACGUACAGCAACGUCAAUGUGUAGUGUCUGUGUAAAACGAGGUGUUGUGUAUGAAGUGUUCGGUGUGUGCUAUUAGUUUUCCUUAGGGUUGCCAUCUCUAAAAUUUGGAAAACAGGACAAGACGCGUCAAAACCCCGGAUUUUAGAGUCUGAAAGCCGGACAUGUCAACAAGAUCUUUUAGACAUAUUCAAUGUAAUAAAAAACAGUUGAAAAUGUCAUAAAUCACCUUUUUUAUUCAUUCAUUAUUUUAACAAAACAUAAACAAAUCAGCUUUUUUAAUUCUUGAAAUAAGAAAACAAAACCUUAUUAAAAUAUUAAACAAAAACAUAAAUAUACUUGGUUGUGAAUAUACUUGGUUCGUCAGUUGAUCGUGGUGUGCGUGCGAGCACAGUGCGUUCUGGCGGGCGGCCCAAUUUUUUUUUAUUAAUUUAUUUUUUUAAUCCCGGUCUACAAAUUAAACCUUCCCCGGAGGCUCCCCGGAUGCCCUCUAAACUAGGACAAAUCCGGGAAAACCCGGACGGAUGGCAACCCUAGUUUUCCUUCAACUACCAAUAGGCAACAGCAGUGUGGGUACUUAGCUCAUCUUGCGAUGGAUGUACCUCUGGCUAACCCUAUUGAGAAUAUAGUCAUGAGCUUAUGUGAUGUUAAAUAAUGUGCCUAUGGAAGUAAUGGAGCAUUCAAACUGGGGUUACAAUAAGCUUUAAAAGAUAAAAACAUUUUGUAACUUUCUAUGUCUAUAAGACCUACACAUUCAUAACUUGUUCAGUUUGGAAGGUCAGACAGGCAGUCGCUUCUGUAAGAAACCGGACCUGUCUUUUCAGCUUAGGUAAGUAGACCGAAAAAUAUUUGUUUGUAUUUAUAAAUCCAUUUUAUAGAAAAGACUGUCUUAUUAUGUCUGGGUCAAAGAUAUAAAAUUCAAAUCUAGAAUUCAUGUAUUGUCAACGACAGCACGAAACCGCACCACAAAAAAAAUAUAAACGACACCACAGUUGACAAUACAUGCUAGAAUUCGAAUCUAGUCUAAAAAAAAUAUACUUGUAUAGGUGUACCAGAAUCUGAUGGCAAAUGGGGAAAUAAAAUUUCUAUAGUAAGCAACACUCGGGUAAUUGGAUGAAAACGUCUUGAUACUUUUUAUUUUUUACCUAUUGACGGACAAUAUGGACAUUAUAAAGUACUUAUUGUAUGCAAUACAGUAUUGCUUUCGUUCUAUUUUUUGCCCUGUCGUGUCCAGUAUUGUCCGCCCGGUCGUCUUGUGAACGCUAACGCCUGAAUGUGAGUUUGUCUGUUUAUCCACUCAUCACGUCAAAACUAAGCAACGGAUCGACUUGAGAUUUUGUAUGGAGAUAAAUGGAAUGGAACAUACGCUAUUUUUUAUCCCGGGAAAAUAAUUGCGGGAUUUCUGAAAAACCUCUAGAUUCCAACAGUUGCUUGAAGCGAUAGAUGUCGCUAGCGAAGCUGCGGGCAAAAUCUAGCUAGUGUAGGUAGGUAUAUAUAAAAAAAAAACAAAAUAUUUAUGAAAAGAUCACUUAUAUCAUGCUAUUUCCAAAUCAAAACUCUCCUGGUUAUUUGUUUUCUUUCCACCUCUCUUCUUUUUACCGGGUGCACUAAAUACACUUCCAUUCGGUCUACCUUCAGCAAUUAUUCGUCGUAUGGUAGUGCUAGGAACUCCUAUAAACAGGUCACAGGUUAGUAACUAAUAAUAUAGGAAAAAUAUAUUCAAGUAUUAAGACUAGUUAGUCCUACUUACCGGUCAACUUUGGACGCGAUUUAAAAUCGAAGAUUGCGGUUGAUCUCCAACUGCUUCUUCACUAAUUUUACAAUAAACAAUGUAAACAAUCUUUCUUGCUUGUGAUCGAAGUGGUUUUUUUCGAUAUUCUUAUGAAAUUCAGAAUAGUUUCAAGGAAUCUUUGGAAAAUCUCAGUAUUGUUGACAAAACAUGUACUUCGACAUGACAGGAGACAGUUUAAUAUUACCAUAGGAAAAUCAAUAUUUUUUUUACUUUUUUUAUGCCAUCAGAUGCUGGUAGACCUAUAGUUUAUUUAUAUUUUAUGUUAACGAUUAUUUCACAUGGCAACUAAUUACUACAUCUAAAAUUUUCUUUUGUCCAAUGUUGGUCUACUAAAAGUAACUCCAGUGCGAGUGCACCCUAAGAGUAAGAAAAUGUAUGUGCCUGAAAUGUGCUAAGUAAGUCAGUAAAAAACUUUAUUUCCUAUAUUAAUUAUGUACACAGCAAUGGUAAUUAUAGGUCGUAAAUUCGGUAACGUAUUUACCUAAACUUGUAGAGUUAAAAAACUACUCUAAACUAGGGCAACCCUAAAGUAGAGCAACCCUUUAGUUUACUAGGUUAAGGCAACCCUAAAUUAGAACAACCCUAAACUAGGGCAACCCUAAAUUAGAGCAACUCUUAACUAGGGCAACCCUAAAUUAGAACAACCCUUAACUAGGGCAACUCUAAAUUAGAACAACCUUUAACUAGGGCAACCCUAAAGUAGGGUAACACAAAACUAGGGAAACCCUAAACUAGGGUAACCCGUUUUUAGGACUCCUGGUCUCUUCUAGAACCAAUAGAUUUUAAAUCUCAUUGUGUAUUUAUAUAAGUGUCAUUUAUAAAUACCUAUUCCACCUAAUUUUCAUUUGACAGUUCAACUAGUGCCGUCCCUCACUGACAAUAAGGGCAAGAAAGAGAUAGGGCUACUUUUGGUUCUGUCAAAUUAAGAUAUUUAUUACUCAACAAUGUGAUUGUAUUGUGUCCAAUGUAACAUGAUGGACCGUAAUGGCGAUGAUCUAUCUAUCACUAAAGAGUGUGGGGGGUCCUUCGUAAAUAUAUAUGAGUAUAUUAUAAUACUUAGACCCACUCCAAUUAUAUUUCUGACUAUAACUAAUCAGGAGGAAGUCACGAAAGUAAAAAACGCUUAGUGAGUUUAGAAACUGUAUUGUCCAGUAAACACUGAUUACAAAUUAUGAGGAACACCGGGAAAUAACACGCGGUUAUAUUAAAUACAGGCAGUGUACCUAGCCUGAUGACGGAACGGGAGAGACUGCCAGCCACAGGGCCACGUUGCCGUUGCUUGUUACCAAGAAAUCUAAUUUUAUUUUAGGUUAUAUCUGUCAUUUUCUUAUCCGCCGAAAAGGAAAGGGACGGGUAAUCGACAAGCAUAAAAUUUAUGGAACACACGUCAAUUUUAAGCACAUUUUAAGCACAAAUCUAAAACAACCGUCUAAAAAUUCGCCCGGGUUAUUCAUUUAUUUACUCAUUCUUCCUAAAAUUAAGAGCUGUCAAUCAUCCGUCCCUUUCCUUUUCGGCGGAUAAGAAAAUGACAGGUAUAACUUAAAGUAAAAUUAAGAGAUGUCUGCAGGAAUCGGGGCCAUUGUAAAAUGUAAUGAAACGUGUCGCUACAAGUGGGAAUGUUUGUAUUGUAAAAUCUCUUUAAUGGCAAGGACACUGGCUGCUUUUCAAAUAACUUACUCCCAAGACGUAAUCCCGAGACUCCUGACCGCACUUUCUUGCACUCAUUUCCUAUCUGCCUAGAGGGUACGUAGUAAAGCUCUUUUAACAUAUUUUUUUAUGUCCCAACUUUGGGUACAUUCCGAGGAUAUAUCGCUGUUAACUAUAAGGUCCACGAUACCGGAUUUAGUAUCAAAAUCUUCAGAUUACUUGGGUAUGUCUACCCUAAUAAGCGCUAUGAGCGUGAAUUUAUGUAGUGUGUAUAUACAACUGGUGCUUAAUGGAAAAAGAUUUUAAAAUAUACAACUUAUAAUAUAAUUGUGUAUCGGUGAGUGUGAGCAGGAGCUUCACGAGUCAAUUCCGCCCACUCCAUUUCACAGCUGGGCAAUUAGACGUCGGCAGGCAUUUCAUCCUUAUGUUGAGGUUAUUCCACCAAACCGCACUAAACGUUUCGCCUCUUCCUUUUUGAUGCGAACAGCAAAGGGCUGGAACUGUCUGCCGUCGUCUGGUUUUCCAACUCGUUAUAAUAUUGGAGUCUUCAAGGCUAGAGUGAAUCGGCAUUACCAUCAGGUGAGAUUGUGGUAAAACGUGAGCCUAUUUUAUUUAAAAAUGAAAUAACCAUGCUUGCAUUUGAUUUUUUUAUUUGUUAUUUAUAGUCAUGUUGUUAAAUGUUUAAUCGAAAUCGGGUUGAGUAGUAAAACGACCUAUUCGCAAAAUGUAUUCUAGUAACUCUCGCGCUUAGACUCUAUUCACGAAAUAUCCUAUUUUUAAAACGCCGUUUUGGAAAUGCUGUGAGUAUAGAUUUUAUGCGGAUAAGUUUUUUUUGCAGAAGAAGGCAUAUGCCUUUUUUUAUUGCAUAAGCAUUUGCCCUUAUGCCUAAAAAGUCACAUUGAAGCAAUUCAUCUAAAAAAAAGCAAAAUUGCUAUUUGACAUUUGUUUGCAUUGCGCGCUUACAUUUGUACGCGCAAGUGUCGAAUAUUAAGUAUUAGUUCAAUGUGGCCUUUUCAACCCUCUAGGGAUUUAUGCGAACGGGGCACCUUUUUAGGGGUUAGGCGUUUUGCGAAUUGUUUGUUUUACUACUAAAUUGAUAUCUUUUAUGUUAAGUAUAAGGCUUAUAAUAAGUAUACUUUAGUUGUAACCACGUUGUGACCAAAGAUAUUUUAGAUAGUGUGAUAGCGGUCCACAUUUGUCCGGCCAAGCAUUGGUCACACGACACGCCUAUUUAUUGCCUUUUGAAAAAACAUAGUAACUACUUCGCAUCACUUAUACUUAUUUUAGUGUAUGUACACACAAUAGUGCUAAUUACAGUAGACACAAUCUAAUUUUAUUCUGUUAUAUCUGUCAUUUUCUUAUCUGCCGCAAAGGAAAGGGACGGGUAAUCGACAGGCAUAAAAUUUAUGGAACACACGUUAAUUUUAGACAGAACUCUAAAAACACCUUCAAAAAAUUUUACAUUGGCCAACAAGCCGACAGAAUUAAGUUAUCAGCACACGUCAAAUGGGGUGCAUACCAGGGAAAUAACUAUUUGAUUUGCCCGGGUUAAUAAUUCAUUCACUCAUUAAUUUUAAAAUUAACAUCUGUCAAUGAUCUAUGGAAAAUGACAGGUAUAACUGAAAAAUAAAAAUAAAUGGUGUCUACAGGAAAUAGCGCUAGUGUUUUAUGUACUUAUUAGUAAUUAAUUAAUUAAUUAUUUAAGUGGACAAAUUAUGUAAUAAUAUAGUAUUUUAUGCAACAGUUGUAUAAGAAGGGUCAAAAAAUGCGAGUGGCGUGAGUUGCGAUGUGAGCCUUGGCGAACAUCGCAAUAAGAGACGCCACGAGCAUUUUUUGACCUAGUUAUACAACGUUGCAUACAAUACUUUUUCUACGACGACGUAAGGCUUGAAUUUAUUAUGGAGGCUCUGAAAAUACGCCAGUAAAACAUUCUCCGAAAAUGAAGAAGCUUUGUGAUCCAGUUUCCAUGCCAUGAAAUUAUUAUAGGCCUUAUUAUACAGGCUGCUAGAUUUUGUUGGUAGCAAAUUUUCUGUAAUUUCUUGAGCUAACGUUGAAAUUUCUUCUGGUGUAGAAUUCAAUAGUUCUUCAUCCAUUUUUCCUUUUUAUUUUAUACUUUUUAGUGUUUUGAAACGAAACACAAAAAUUUUCCAAUUUAUUUUCCAACGCGCGGGAAAAUGGCGGCAAAUGUAUACUUUUUUUUAUAGUAUAUCUAUGGCACCAAACAAAGUAAAGGUGCCAGUUUCCAGGUCAAAAAAAAAAAAACAACAAUGCUUUUUUGGCGACAUUAUAGUACAGUUACACUUUGUAAACAAUGCUUUUAUAGGCCAUAGAGCGUACACUUUUUCAAAGAGUUUAAUUAUGUAUGUACUUAUAUUAGACUUUUUGGUUAUUUAAAUUCCAGAUUAAAGUACAGGAGUAGAAAAAUGAUAUUAUGGGUGGGUGUAUUAAUUGUGUUGUAUAAUUAAUAUUAUUGCCUGAAAUAAACAAUUUUUUUUUUAUUAGAAUUAUGCUUGCAUUUGUUGAAGUAAAUAAACAAUAAAACACAUUUUA